UGAUUGGGCCGCAACAAUAGCGACGUUAACAUCAUCUCUCUAUCUGUCGGCAAAUUUUUUUUCAUUGCUGUUACAAGUGGCUUCUUUAUUUUUAUUUUUUUUCAAUUGUUCUUAUAUUCGAGUCACGUUAAUUUAUUUCAUUUAAGUCCAUAUAGUACUUGAAUGAAUGGUCAUAUAAUAGAACAAAAUAUAUUUACGUAUACUACUCUAAUUGAAAGACUCUAAUUGAAAGAAAAAUUUACGCACACGUUCAUUAAUUAUAAAUAUUACGUUAUAAUUAUAGAAAAAAACCAUUUUGCACUUGAAGCAUCACAAUUCGGUUCAUAUACUUGAUAAAAAUCACGAUUCACCAUUAGAAAGUAUGAGUAGAUCACAUCAAUCAUUUCACUAUCAUAGCUGCCGAUUAUCUCAUUACCUCCUUUCUUUAUCUAUUACAUUUUCACUCACAACUAACAGCGAUUGACAGAUUUCUAGUCAUAAAAUAGUCUGUUAAGUUUAAAAAUUUUACAUAAAUAUUAACUAUUUGCUGUUAAAAGAGUUAAAGUCAAUCUCUGAUUCUGUUACUGUUAAGACAUCAAAUAUUGAAAAAUUAUCAUUUUUUUUCAUUAAUGUUAUAGAACAUUCAUAGCUGUGAAUUGUAGAAUUUUCUUGUUUUCUAAUCCUCUAGUUGGUUAGUUUAUAAAAUCUCAUUGUCGUAGUUUUCACUCUACAUAACUAUUGUUUCAUUUGGAUCCAUUUUCAUCAAUAGAUCGAUUCAUUUUGAUUCAUAAUCAGCAUCGACAUUAUCUUCAUCAUCAUCUUCAUCGUCAUUAAAUCAUUUGUAAAAAUUUCAAACGCCAUCUUUUACUUUGUUUGAUAUGUAAUAUAAAAUAAUUACCAAGGUGGAUCUUUUUGAAAGCUGCUUUUUCAAAGAAAUCUUUUCUGUAAAAAUUUCAUGUAUUCGUUUACUGCAAAUUCAUUUUUUAGCACAUUAGCGAGUGGAAAUUUGAAAAUAGCUGCCACGCGAGACUGCUCUAUCCACACUAUAUUGACAAAUUCUCACUUGCCAUGCGUUCCUAAUUUUCCUGCAUAUCUGCAAAUUUCGAAUUCAAGUAUAUAUACAAGUAUUCUCAAUAUAAAUAACACACUUGUGAACCAUUACGUAGCGUCCCUUUUUUGAAUAUAUUCAUUUGGUUGAAAAGUACUAACUCCUGACUUGAAUUGUGACAGUUUUGCGUAACGUUGGUAGAAUUUUUUCACCUAUUACCGCAAUUUUUGAAACAGGAGAAACUUUUGCUUACUCAGGGGUUUAUGCUUUUCGACGACGACUGUCAAAACUAUAUAUACGUAUUAAUCACCGAUCACUGCCACUUAUCACGAAUUACCCCUUUUCGUCUUGGAAUAAGCCUGCUCGACCAACCGGACUAUUGGCGAUACCAAUUUGUGUAUCUAUUUUUUUAUCAAUUUGUUUAUACUAUGAUGUGUGACCUAACCAAGUAAAAUACCAAUUAUCUGAUGAAAGUUGCAUUACCGAUCGUCCACACCUUUUUCAUUCUUCUAAACGAUAUGUUGCAUGUAUUUACGUGGCGUAUGAUUGUGCUUGAGACGUCAUUGAGAAUAAAAGCAUAUUAAUAUUUUUAAUCAACAAUUACUUAAUCAGUUAUUUAUUGGGUAGAUCUCAGCAAUAAGAAAACGUCACAAGCAUUACAAACACUGAAAUACCUCAUACGCACAUCAGAAUUUCGUUAUUUCUUCGUAAUCUAAUAACUUUUUUUACGAUUGCUUUUUAACCUGGAGACUAUCGAUAAUGUAAAAUGAAAUAAAUGUAAUUUAGAUUUUUUACAGCAAAGUCGAUAAUGUUUACACUUAGACAUGACCUCCCAUUAUUUACGAAAAUUCUCUCGUCCUUGUGAAAAUUGAUGUGAGUGACUAUGUAAUUCACUGCAUGUUGGGCAUGGUUUAUUGAAUUGUAUGAACAAAUACUUUUUUGAUAAAUAAUGUGUAGUCGAAGGCUUAUUUCGUAUACCAAUUUCUUUUGGUAUACGAUAAAUCUUCUCAUGUGAAUCUAUUUGAAUUUUAGCUGAUUUCCGUUAAGAUUUGAUUGACCCACCAAACUUCAGUUGUAUAAAAGUUGAUAAUUGUAUAUCUUUUUAAGCUCAUUUGUAUAACGAGUGACCUUUCAUACCUCGCGUCUUCCGACCGGUAAAAGACCUCGGAAAAACUCGUUGUUGAUCAUUUCAGAAUAUUGUUACUGUAUCGAGUUUUUUUCAUGUGUGACAUUUUUUCAAAGUUAAUCGUUUAUAUAAAUACAGAGUCACUCACUGUGAAAAUUAUUAUUAAUAAAUUUAUUGCUAACGAGAACAUUUAACGAUUGGUUGACUAAAUUUGAAAAAUUUAUUGUAAAUAAUUUUUAAUCGACUUUUUAUCGCCACAAAGAAAACUUUUAUCAAUUUUUGAGACCUUUUAAAAAAAUAUUGUUAGAAUUUGAUGAUCUAUAAAGGAAAAAAUAAUUGUAGAUAUCUACAAUUUGAUUGAAAAAUGUAUGCAUCGGAAAAUUUUACGUUGAAGUCCUAAUCAGAAAAAUGGCCGAAACUGCACAAGAGUGGUUUGUUUCUGGAAAAAAAAAUCGAUACUACGGAAAAAAGACAGAAGGCGGCGAUAAGGUAUAUACAUAUAGAUUAUGAAUAUACAGUAUAUGUAAAAGUAUAUUCGUUGCCAUGAGUCUCUUCGUUUGUAUUCGUGUAAUUUUUGAAGGGUCGAUAAGUAAAUUUAAGGAAAAGAAAAAAAAUAAUUGUUAUAACUCUUAUAAUUAUAACCGUUACCCGACCAAAUACGGGGGUAUAUCGAGGAAAAAACGAUGGAUUAUGAAGUGAGUAAUGCCAAUUCCAGUCGUAGGAAGUCUAUUGUACAUUGAUUAUUGAUACAUUUACUUAUUUACUUAAUAUAAAUAUAACAUGAUAAUAAAUUAUAUACAAAGUCACUUUCACAGGCGUAUGAUGAAUGAAACAUAUUCUUUAAACUUAUUUUGUUUUUGCCUUUAGACCUUAUAUUUGUUCAUCCUUAUGAAAUUAUUAUAAGAUUAAUUUCGUAGAUUUUUUUAUUUUUAUUAACAAUGUCUAAUAAUUGUUAAACUUGAACAUCUAAACUUCCACUUAUUUUCUUAUUAUUACGGUUUUGAUUUUCCAUUAUUAUUACGUAUCUUUUUAUCGCACUCCUGGGAUUGUUGGUCGGCUGGAUGACAAUACCACGUAAGACGAAGAGCAGGAACCUGAAAAUCAAGAGAUACCACCACCGGAAGAACCGGAACAAAUUUCCCAGGAAGACAAAACGGCUGAUAACAAUAACACGAUGUGGCAACGAUUGAUCAAUGGUUUCAUUCAACAAGCAUCGACGACGGAACCAAGUCCAGAGACGAGUCCUGAAAAGCCAGUGAGAAACGGUGACGUAGGCGGCGGAGAAGAAACCGAAGUUCGAAAGACUAAGAGGUGGCCUACUGACAAAGCUUACUUUAUUGCCAAAGAGCUGCUAAUGACCGAGAGGACUUAUAAGAAGGAUCUCGACGUCAUCAAUAUCUGGUUCCGUGAAGAGCUGUCAAAAGAACAAGACACUGAAGGUGACUUUAUUGUGAGCCUUCUAGAAUUAUUAGCCGAUGCGCAUGGGCCAUGUCUACAAGAAAUGGAAUGUCGACUUGCUCGUUGGGAAAGCAAUGCUCGUCACAAUAUCGGUGACUUCCUUUACAAUACUUUGCUCAACGUCUUGCCACUUUACGAUCAAUACCUAGAAAACCUAUUACCUUGCCUGGAAAAACUCGAGUAUGCCAUGAGAACGUCCAAACAUUUUGAUCAACUGUGCAGAGAUUUUGAAGCUCAGAAACAUUGUUAUCUACCGCUUACCAGCUUUUUGUUGAAACCACUGCAACGAUUGCUGCAUUAUAAUGACAUUAUUGAUAAUUUAUUGGACCAUUAUCCCAAAGACCACACGGACUUCGAAGAUUGUCUAGCAGCACGGGACCGAUUAGGCGAAACGCUGCUCGAAGGUGUAGCGGUUCUCAAUCAAGCAGAGAACUUGGUUCAACUGUGUGAACUGCAACGAGAUAUCAGCGGCUUUGAUAAUUUAGUACAGGAAGGUAGAAAGUUCAUUAGACAAGGCUGUUUGCAAAAGUAUAGUCAUAAAGGCUUUCAACAGCGAAUGUUUUUCUUGUUCUCCGACAUUUUGCUCUACACAUUCCGAUCACAGCAGCCCAUACAAUGUUUCAGAGUUCAUGGUCAAUUACCUUUAAAAAGUAUGAAGAUUCAGGAGAACGACAAUAAGACUGGUAGUGAUUAUGCCUUCGUCAUCCAUGGUCUUGGAAAUCAAUCAUUGACAGUCGCUGCAAGUAGUGAGGAGGAAAAAGAUAGAUGGAUUGAAGACUUGAAAUACGCUAUUACACAAACCGACUCGCAGGAUGGAAAGACGCCGUACCUGAAUUUAAAAACUUGUAUCUUAGGGUCAGUUGACGAAGUGGGAGACGGUUCGAGCGAAGUCGAUCGUUCCAGUUACGGAGGAGCCAAAGCUUCGCAAAGAAGUAACACAACCGUCCACGUGUGUUGGCACAGGAAUACGAGUAUAAGUUAUAGCGACCAAUUGAGAGCCUUCCAGAAUCAACUAAGUGGUUUUCUGCUACGCAAGUUCAAAAAUAGUAAUGGAUGGCAAAAGCUUUGGGUUGUUUUCACCAAUUUUUGCCUGUUCUUUUAUAAGUCGCACCAGGAUGAUUUUCCUCUUGCAAGUCUACCUUUAUUGGGCUAUACGGUAUCACAGCCGUCGGAAAAAGAUGGCAUUAAUAAAGACUUUGUGUUCAAACUGCAAUUCAAGAGUCAUGUUUACUACUUCAGAGCUGAGAGCGAUUAUACAUUUGGAAGGUGGAUGGAAGUCAUUAAAAGUGCUACGCAACAAAGUGACGGAUCGAGCAGAUAUAUUCUCAAAGGUGACUAUGACGCAACAUACGUGCGGGAAGAAAAUUGAAGUCAAAUGCAACGUCUUACCUGAAUCUCUCUCUACAGAAACAAUGUACGCAGAAAGAUUACAAAUAAGAAAUUUUGUUGAGUGUUAAUUUUUUCAAAUGUAAAAGUGAAUUUGUACGUUAGGGCACGAGUUAUGUUUUAAAGGAAGAACUUUGGAUCUUCAAAGUUAAUGAGUUAUAAUUGUUAGAUGUCCAAAUUCUAAAAAAUCGUUUUUUCAGUUUAGUGUUUUAAUAAUAUUAUUAUUGGUAAUGUAAAGAUUAUAUAAAUUAACUUCUGAAAUGACAUAGUUUGAAAGAUAAAAACUUCAGUAGUUUGAAAGAAAUAAACAAUAUUCUCGUCGAUAGAAUGUAUUUUUUUGUUCGCAACUACUGGGUAAAAUGCGAGACACUAGGAUGGAACGCUUUUAAAAGGCAACAUGCAUUAUUCAUUUCUGAGCGCGCUAUUAUAACACACACAAGACAAAGCAAUGUAAAUCAAUACUUGGAGUGCGAGAUUUCCCGGCAGUACAUAACGGAGACCAGGAAAGACAUGUACAUAAAUGCGAGAAUUUUUUUCUCCGCGCAUAAGUUAUGAUUUUGCAGUUUCUUCUCUCAAAUAGGGGCCGCCCAAAUCAACAAAAAGUCGUAAAUGAAAUGUGUAGUCUAAAAUGUGCUCUUUAGUCAAAUGUAAACCUUAUGCAAAAAAUACUUAGUCGAAAACUAGGUACUUUGUCGGGUGCUGAUUCCCUUUUAGUAACUUUUUGCAUAGGGUACUUUUAACAAUGCAGUUUUUUCAAGAUACUUUUAUGACGGAUUUAUAUAUCAAUUUACAAUUCUGAAGCAAUAAUCAAGACUGCAAACGAUUAAUGUCUAAGUAUCUAUGUAAACAAUUAAUCAUUAUGCAAAUAGAUUUAAGGUAUAUAGUGAGUAAGAAUACAAGUUAUUUAAAUCAAGUUUAAUUAAAAAAUAUUCUACAAAACGAUUUUGUACAAAUCACUGCAUGAUCAAAAAAAUAAAACGACUAGAAGAGUAGAAAUAUAAUAAAUCAAAAUUGUCAAUUGUUGAAUGUAUAUCGAAACUAGUUGUCACUAUUUUUCAAAUUCUUAAACUAUUUUCGUCCAAGAUUUUGUGAAGAAAAAUUUGUAGUCCAUGAAUGAAUUUUUAAAGUUAUACAUUACAAAUAAAAGUUU